AUGGAGAAUCAAACCACUGUGCCUUACUUCCUGCUCCUGGAAUUCUCAAAAGAUCGGCAUCUGCAGCUUCUACAUUUCUUCUUAUUCUUCAUAUUAUACCUGGCAACUGCAACAGCAAAUCUGCUCAUCAUCUCUGUAGUAGCUUUUGACUGUCGACUACGCAGCCCCAUGUACUUCUUUCUAGUGAAUUUGGCAGUGCAGGACCUGGGCAUUGUUUCAGUCAUUCUCCCCAAAUCCAUGAUGAAUUCUCUCAUGGACACCAGACACAUCUCUUACUUUGGUUGUGUUGCUCAACUACUCUUUCUCUUCACCUCCUUCGAAGCUUCUGAUUUCUUCCUCCUGACAGUCAUGGCCUAUGAUCGAUAUGUUGCCAUUUGCAAUCCAUUGCACUAUGAGAUGGUGAUGAACUGGAAAGCCUGCACCAGAAUAGUGAUUCUGGUGUGGUUCACAAGUCUUCUCUAUGGAAUGUUGCAUACCACUGGGACCUUUUCCACCCCUUUCUGUUCUAAUGUUGUCAACCAGUUUUUCUGUGAAAUUCCACAAUUGCUAAAGCUAUCCUGCUCUGGAUUCAGUGAAACUGAAGUGGGAUUUCUUGUGGCCAGUAUUGCUGCAGAAUUAGGUUGUUUUAUUUUGAUCAUUAUAUCUUAUACUAUGAUCUUCAAGGCAGUGUUGAGAAUCCCUUCUGUCACAGGAAGGCAGAAGGCCUUCUCCACUUGUCUUCCCCACCUUAUAGUUUUUUCCAUGUUUUUGGUAUCUGCAUGCUUGGCUUAUCUGAAACCUCCCUCUAAAACCUCGUCUUACUUAGAUUUUGCAUUAACUGUCCUAUAUUCUUUAUUUCCACCCCUGUUCAAUCCAAUCAUCUAUAGCAUAAGAAAUAGGAGUAUCAAAUCUGUCCUGUCUAAAUUAUGGAGAUUCUGA